AUGCAACACGAACUCACCACAGAACAAAUUGAUUUUUAUCAGGAAAACGGAUUUCUCGUCAUUGAGAACUUCCUUGAUACCGACGAACUCGAAGAAUGGCGGCGAUGCACCGAUGAAUCUGUCGAAGAACGCCUCGGCACCUCCCUUGAACACAUGACAAACCAGUUGGAUCCAUCUAACUUUUAUGCGCGGGUCUUUACGCAAUGCCUCCGCUUGGCAGAUUCACACACAGGCAUGCGGAAACUCGUACACGACCCAAAAAUCGGAAAGAUGGCAACACAACUCGCAGGUGUUGACGGGAUGCGUAUAUGGCACGACCAAGCACUGAUUAAGCCGCCGUCCGGGAAUCCCACAGCAUGGCACCUCGAUGUCCCCUACUGGUCAUUUGACUCACGGGACGCGGUUUCGUUCUGGGUCGCGUUGGACGAUGCUACCCUCGCGAACGGCUGUAUGUGGUACCUACCCAGUACCCAUAAAACAGCACGCUUGGAUAACGUCGGCAUCGGUGAAAACAUAGGUGCACUGUUUAACGUGUACCCGGAAUGGAAGGAAUUUGAACCGCAAUCUGCACCCUGCCCAGCAGGUUCUAUGGAGAAUCGAAAUAUGGCGAAACAGCCAAAUAUCGUCCUAAUGGGAGUUGACUCGCUCCUCGCAACACACAUGAGUUGUUACGGGUAUCACCGACUGACAACUCCACAUAUUGAUCGGUUUGCUGAGGGUGGAACCCUCUUUGAGAAAACCUACAGUCCGCACGUUCCAACAACGAGUGCUUAUGCCUCUAUGCUGACCGGAUUAGAUACGUUCAGCACACAAGUGGUCGCGUUACGUCACCGAGGACCACUUCAUGAAGGGGUUAAAACAUUGGCAGAAAUCCUCCGUGACGCUGGCUACGAUACGACUUGCGUCGGAUUCGGCGAACCGAGUGGGCGUGGGUUUGAUACCUAUCUUGAUUUUUCUGGAUGGGGUCCCGACGAAACCGGACGUAGCCCAAAAGCGGAAAACCUCAACAAAACGACCAUCCCAGAACUGAAUCGGUUGAUCGACCAGAGCGACGAAAAACCGUUUUUCCUGUUCUUGCGUCACAUGGAUCCGCACUCCCCUUACCUACCACCUGCACCUUAUGAACGGAUGUUCUAUCACGGUGAUGAGUGCGAUCCGAGUAACAAAUCUAUGGAACCGGAAUUUACCGACAAGGAUUACGUCAUCGCGCAAUACGACGGCGCGAUCGCUUACAUGGAUGCGUGUAUUCAGAGGCUUUUCAAUGCCCUUGAAGCACGUGGUGUGAUGGAUGAGACCAUCAUCGUUCUCAACGGCGAUCACGGUGAAACCCUCUAUGACCAUGAGUGCUGGUUCGACCACCAUGGAAUUUACGAUGUCACCUUGCACGUACCGCUUAUUAUCCGCUAUCCAGGUCGUGUACCUGCUGGAGAACGGGUCUCAGGAUAUAACCAACACAAAGACCUCGUACCGACGCUCCUCGAAUUAGCGGACAUUGAAACCGACAUUGAUUUUGAUGGCAAAAGCCUUACCGCGUUGAUCAGCGGCGAGAUAACUUCUUACGAUAGUGAGUUCUAUAUCACGGAAUGCACGUGGAUGCGCAAGCACGGUUGGCGGACUCCUGAAUGGAAACUCAUCGUCGCGCUUGAACCCGACUUCCAUUUCAAGCCCCCUGUUGAACUCUACAACCUCAUCCAAGACCCCGAUGAGAACAACAACCUCGCUGACAAACACCCUGACAUCGUCAAUGUUCUCGAAACACGCAUGAAAAGCUGGAUCCUCCAACGAGAACAGGAGACAGGGCUGACGAACCCGAUCAUGACGCAGGGCGACUGGCACGGGCAUAAAGGGAUCGGUCCAUUCAAGACCUCCGAACAGGCGACGACUGAAGACAGAUUGGAUCGAGGAAAACAUUUGCUUGCUGUCGGUGCCGGAACAGGCAUCACAGCGAAAUUUGCCGAGCAGGGAGGCGCAGACCUAAUCGUAAUUUACAACUCCGGUCGCUACAGGAUGUCAGGCUUUGGCUCCUGCGCAGGAUUGUUGGCUUACGGUGAUGCGAAUGCCAUCGUCAUGGAGAUGGGCGAACGCGAGGUGUUACCUGUCGUCAAAGAGACACCCGUUAUCGCUGGGGUCAACGGCACAGACCCGACGCGCCGGAUGAGCAACUUCCUCAAACAGGUCCGCGAUGUCGGCUUUGACGGCGUUAAUAACUUCCCACCGUCGGUGUGA